CAACAAACUCGGGGCCUGGAUCACGAAGUAUCGCACGUCACUUCCAACAAGAUGUUCUAUUCUUGACCGCGGGAUUCCCAAUGUCGUGUCUCUGUUCUUAACAAGACAGCCAAGGGGAAUACCUUCGGUGAGCCAGUCAACUCAGCAAUUCACUGGAUUCUUGCUGAAGCACUACCAUACUACCACUCCUCGACCUGAGCUAAUUCAACUCAUUGACAAGCCCACGACAAAGGCCAGUGAUCACUAUGUCGAGCAAGAAGAGACGUCACUCAGACGCCGAGUCCAAGCAUGAGACCGACAACUCGUUGCAAAAUGCGGUCCGCCACGCCAGUCGCGGGUCAGCGAACACGCGACCCCAGCAGCCCGGCACUCAUGCGGAUGCCUACUACCGCAACUUGUACUCAACGGAGCCGGAUUUUAACAACCUUGGCCGCAAAGACCCGGCUUUCGGGGCCAUGCUGAAGAGAGGAACCCUCGACUUUAACGACCCUGCCGCUGUGAUGCAGCUUACAAAGACUCUGCUAAGAAUUGACUUUGGCCUGGAGAUUGAACUGCCCGAGGACCGUCUUUGUCCGCCUGUGCCCAAUCGCCACAACUACAUCCUGUGGUUGAAGGGCCUGCUCGACAGCACCACUUACGACGACCCCGACCGCAAGUCCGUCGGUCUCGAUAUUGGAACUGGGGCGAGCUGCAUCUAUCCGCUACUCGGAUGCACCCAACGACUUUGGUCGUUCUUUGCCACCGACAUUGAUCAGAAAAGCCUGGCGUAUGCCAGGAAGAACGUGCAAUCCAACAGCCUUCAAACCCGGAUCUCGGUUGUCGCCCGUACGGCCCAAGACCCAAUUAUCUCUCUCGACUCCCUGGGCGUCGACGAACUGAGCUUCGUCAUGUGCAACCCCCCGUUCUACACGUCAGAAGGGGACCUUCUCGACUCCGCACAGAAAAAGUCGCGACCCCCGCUGACGGCGUGCACCGGAGCGCCGGUCGAGAUGGUGACCGACGGCGGAGAAGUCCGCUUCGUCGGUAAGAUGCUCGAGGAGUCACUGGUUUUACGCGACAGGGUGCAGUGGUACACCUCCAUGUUCGGGAAGCAGUCAAGUCUCGAGGAGUUUGUCAACGUCCUGCGAGAGAAGGCCAUCGACAAUUAUGCCGUCACGGAGUUCGUGCAGGGCAACAAGACCAGACGGUGGGCCGUCGCCUGGAGCUUCGGGCCCAUGCGGCCAUCAGAAGAGGUCGCCCGGGGUCUGAAGGCCGCGACGUGGAAGAAGAUACUUCCCAUGGCCGUCGAGUCAGAAGUUGUCAGCUUCCCACUUGAUGAUGGGGCCGGGAAGCUCGGAGACAAGAUCCAGGGGCUCAUGUCUUCGCUCGAGCUCACGUCUUGGGAGUGGGACCACGGGAGGCUCGUGGGCAUCGGCAGGGCGCGAGAAAACGUAUGGAGCCGCGCCUGGAGGCGGAAGAAGAUGCGGGAGGAGCGCGAUGGCAAACCAGAGGUUGCCGUGACGGACUCUGAGGUGUGCAAGUUUGGGUUCGAGGUUGUUCUGAGGGUUGGAAGGGAAAACAUUGCGGUGCUGUGCCGGUGGAGGGAAGGCCACGACCAAGCCAUCUUUGAGAGCUUUGGCGGCUUCCUGAAAACGCGGCUGACAACUGGAUAAGUUUGCAGCAAAAUUCGCUUCACAAUCAUUGGUCUAUGGUUAUUAUUGUGUAGGCUGACUAGGUGUUUACUGAGGGUAAUUCAGGGUUGGUUUGCCAACGAUGUUAAACAAGAUAGUGAAAGACAACCAAGGCGAUGUGUUACUUGGUACGCGAGCAGUGAAUCACACAUGCCUUUCAAGACAAGGACUAGUGUAAAUACCUC